CUCCAAUUCGGUCAGCAUGGCAACGGCAGCCGAAGCCAACGAGAUCCUCAACGAGCUGUUUGACGUCUACAACGUGGCCGACGACGCCGGCUCGCUGCAGCAGGCCAUCACCUUGAAGGAUGAGGCGACCAAGCUGGUUACCCAGGCGAAGACAGACAUGCGCACUCUCAUUCAGAAGAUGACCAGCGAGGUCAAGGACGCAGAAGGAAGGGUGGAGGACUCGGCAGAGAUCCGUGAGCUGGAGGAGCGGCUGGCCGAGCUGGAGGCGGAGAAGAACGAGCUGGAGGCGGCGGCUGCGGCCAAGGAGUCGACGGUGGCCGAGCUGGAGGCCAAGCUGACGGCGAUCCAGGAUGAGGCGCUCGUGCUGCGCGAGCGUAAGGCACAAGUCAUGGCCGCACAGAAGAAGGUCUCGCCCAAGGUCGAAUACUCGCUCUCGCUCUUUGCCGAGAUCUCCAACAUUGAGUGGGACUACGCGGCCGAGACCGUCAAGGGCAUUGUCGCCGCAAAGGACGGCAUGACAACCAAGCCGUUCAACCUCAACCCGUCGCAUCACUCCAUGUUCUUCAUCACCAACUACCUGUGGGAGAUUGUUCCCGACGCAUGAUUGGAUUCUGCCGCACGAGAACGCGAUCAAUAAACUGUAC